AUGCCUUUGGUACUUUUCAGUGGAUUUCCCUCGAGUGGUAAAACUUCGAAAGCUCAGGAAUUAUGCGCACUUUUAAAAUCUAAAAUCGAGCAAGAAUCAGAUUUGGCCAAAUACUCUGUGGUAUGCCAUUCUGACGAAAGCCUGGGAAUCCAACAUAGCGACUACAUCACGUCUGUGGAUGAGCGUAAAUUGCGGUCCAAAAUUAUCUCGGCGGUGAAACGGGAUUUGUCGCGUCAAAAAAUUGUGGUAGUGGACUCUUUAAACUACAUCAAAGGUGUCAGAUAUCAGCUGCAUUGUGAAGCUAAGAACCUAAUGACAACGUACUGUCUCGUGCACGUUAUGUGCCCCAGCGCAAAAAUCCUGGAAUGGAAUAAAUCGACCGCUAAUGGCCGCGUACCAUGGGACACCACGCUUCUGAACCAGCUCAUACAACGGUAUGAGGAACCAAACCCGCAAACGAGAUGGGACUCGCCUUUGAUCCCCGUUUUGGCAGAUGAGGAUUCCAUAGAGUCCCUCUCUGAGCCCAUUUUUAAGGCACUCUUCCCACAAUUAUAUAAGACCGACCACGAUCGAGAAACCGACCAAUUGCUGAACUCGUUGAAGCCCAACAAUGCCACCAUCUUGAAAGCGGCCACACAGAGCAAUUCGCUCCAGAUUCUGGAUUCUGAGACCACCAAGAUUGUCAAGAAAAUUCUGGCUGCGUUACAAUCAAACGUUGUGUCUGGCGUAACGAGGAUCAUAAUCUCGGAUGUUCAAGAUAUAAAUGACGAAAGAUGUCUUUUCGCUGAAAUUCCACCUCAGGGCGUCACGGUGGCUCAGUUGCAGCGGAUACGACGUCAGUUCGUGGCCAUGAACCGUCUAAGAAGUCUCGAGCAGGAAAGAGUUGCUCCUCUUUUUGCUGAAUAUUUGAACAAGAAUCUAAGGACGGAGUAA